GAUGUAUUUCUCUCACUUUGCGUAUCUUCUUGACACAGCUGGUUCACGUUGCUGCGUAAGAUGUUAUUUACGAUCAACAUGGGAGUCACUAGUGGACAAUACGAGAGAUCUUAGGCUGUUACAAUUUAGCUUUAUAAAAAGAACCACUGUGUGUGUGUCGAUAAAAACAAGGGAUCUCCACAUUUUGGUCGCACAUUUACGGCAAUUUCAUGGAGCAAGGGACGCGGGAGAGGUUGUCAGGCUGCGGGGUCUGGACAUCAGCAGCGGAGCCCCGGAGACGAGCGCGAUGUUAGCAUGUUAGCUGUGAGGAUGAAGCUCUGACCUGUAACUACAUUUUGUAGUCCUGCUCGUUUCGCUCAUCAUGGCGACUAACGGGGGCGACCUCACGACAGGGAUGGGAGAAAUCAUCCAGCUGAACGUAGGUGGGACACGGUUCAGCACCUCCAGGCAGACCCUCACAUGGAUCCCUGACUCUUUCUUCUCAAGUCUGCUUAGUGGAAGGAUAUCCACUCUUCGGGAUGAAACUGGAGCUAUAUUUAUUGACAGAGAUCCUACAGCUUUUGCACCAAUUCUAAAUUUUCUCCGAACCAAAGAACUGGACCUGCGUGGCGUCAACAUCAGCGUUCUGCGACACGAAGCAGAAUUCUACGGCAUAACUCCCUUAGUGCGGCGCCUUCUGCUGUGUGAAGAACUGGAUCGCUCAUCGUGUGGUAGCGUCCUCUUCCAUGGUUACCUUCAACCCCCCGUCAUCCCCGGUCCCAAGUCAAGCACCACCCCCUCCUGUGACGAGCAUCCAGGCCCCAGUGGAGCGGAGGGGUUCACCCACGCUGGCCCCCCUCUAAAUGCUCCGGUCGCACCUGGACUAGAUGACACGCACAAACUCGGACCUGACCCCCGCAAGGUGCUCAUCAUAGCAGGACACCACAACUGGAUUGUAGCCGCGUAUGCACACUUUGUCAUCUGCUACAGGAUAAAGGAAUCUACUGGAUGGCAGCAAGUGUUCUCCUCUCCUUACCUUGACUGGACCAUUGAACGCAUUGCGCUUAAUGCCAAGGUGGUGGGUGGCCCCCACGGAGACAAGGACAAGAUGGUGGCGGCCGCCUCAGAAAGCAGCAUCAUCUUGUGGAGCAUCCAAGAUGGAGGCAGCGGCAAUGAGAUCGGUGUGUUCAGCCUCGGUGUGCCCGUGGAUGAUCUCUUCUUCAUUGGAAACCAGCUGGUGGCUACAAGUCACACUGGGAAGGUCGGAGUGUGGAAUGCUGUAACGCAGCACUGGCAGGUUCAAGAUGUUGUACCCAUCACAAGCUGCGACACGGCAGGAUCCUUCCUCUUACUGGGCUGCAACAAUGGCUCCAUCUACUACAUAGACAUGCAGAAGUUUCCACUGAGGAUGAAAGAUAACGACCUCUUGGUGACCGAGUUAUAUCAUGACCCCUCCAACGAUGCCAUCACUGCACUGUCUGUCUACCUCACGCCAAAAACCAGUGUGAGCGGCAACUGGAUUGAGAUCGCCUACGGGACCAGCAGUGGCGCUGUGAGAGUUAUCGUGCAGCACCCAGAGACGGUGGGUUCAGGUCCUCAGCUCUUCCAGACAUUCACUGUACACAGGAGCCCCGUGACCAAGAUCAUGUUGUCUGAGAAACACUUGGUCUCAGUGUGCGCUGACAACAACCAUGUUAGAACUUGGACGGUGACGCGCUUCCGGGGGAUGAUCUCCACCCAGCCAGGAUCCACCCCCUUGGCCUCCUUCAAAAUACUCUCUUUGGAAGAAACGGAGAGCCAUGGCAGCUACUGCUCAGGAAACGAUAUUGGUCCAUUUGGAGAGCGAGAUGAUCAACAAGUAUUCAUCCAGAAGGUCAUCCCCAUCACUAACAAGCUAUUUGUGAGGCUCUCGUCCACUGGAAAAAGAAUCUGUGAAGUCCAGUCUGUGGAUGGGACCACCAUCUCUUGCUUUAUGGUUCGGGAGUGCGAAGGUUCCAGCCGGAUGGGGUCGAGGCCCCGACGCUAUUUGUUCACUGGCCACGGCAACGGUAGCAUCCAGUUGUGGGACCUGACCACGGCUAUGGACACGGCCAACAGAGGAGAGGAGAAGAGGAAAGAAGAUGUUGGCGGACCCACUGAAGAGGAAUUGUUACAACUGUUGGACCAGUGUGACCUGAGCACCUCUCGCUGUGCCACGCCAAAUAUUAGCCCCGCCCCCUCGGUGCUGCAUCACACGCGCCUCAGAGAAUCUUGCUCGAGUCUGCAGUUACACACGCAGGAAACCAUCCCAGAGAACCAGCCCACCUACGGAGCUGUACGACCCUACAGAGAGAGCCCACUGCUGGCCCGUGCCAGACGAACUGAGUCCUUCCACAGCAACCGAGACUUCCAGAACUUCAGCCUGACUCGAGGUAUCCUGGACUGCACCGACCAGACCACCAGUCAGUCUGCUGACGCUCGCCGGUCACUUUGCGACUUCGGUCCUGAGGAAAGCGAGAGAAGGCUGUCGAUCAUGGACUUGUGGAGCUGCCGCAGCGCCAACACCGCUGCUUCCACCAUUUCCAGCAGGACCAAGGUAGAUGGAGGGAGUCAGGAAUCUCCACGGCAACCGCCUGACAGCCCGAUUCCAGGUGGAGGUGAUGUCAGGCGUAAGGUACAAUCACAGCCAGAGGAGGGUGACGUCGUGGGGGAUGUGACGAAGGCGGAGCCAGGUGCGAAGAAGAGGGGGGUGCUGGAUGUGGGCUUUCUGGGGAGAAAGAGGGCGCCGCCGGUGCCUCUUCUGUCGUCUGGAUCUGAAGGUGGAGGCAGCGACUCCUCGGCUAACGCUUCUCCAUCGCCAACCAAACUGGGCUCCUCCACCUCGCCUCGACACAGGAAGCUGACCAUGGAGUCAUCCAGUCAGGACAGCAGCCUCUGAGUCCGCAAGCAGUCCUGUCUAUCCUGUCUUAGACCUCCGCUUCCUUGUUGCUGGAAACACUAACAUCACAGAAGUUACAGCUUGUUUGCUUUUAGUCCAAUGGUACAAACAACGUUCAAGUGCAGCAUUAAAAACAGUGACGGGUGUGUCGGUUAUGCAAGAGUUAAGAUGUAUAUCAGCAGUGCACACAAAGAUUACAAGAUGGACGCAAAGCAACAAGAUACACAAGACGCCUGUGUCUGCUUCCUGCCCUUUACGUAAUAAUGUGAAACAUUAUUAUUCUCAUGCUUUAUUUAUUACCGUGAGAGGCACUGACAUUCAAGUUCAAAGCAUGCAGUUUUUUUCCCUGUGGGGGAUCAAAUUAGCCAGAAAUAAUAAAAGUGUAUUGUGACAUGUAAAUGUUAAGCUUCUAUAAGUACUGAAAAAAAAAAUACUAAUCCUGGUAUACACCCAUUAUUUUUCACUUUGUCACUUCUUCGUUCACAGUGGUGCCUCUGCCUGUGCAAGAUUUACGACACAAAUUCUUAUUUAUUUUUGUAUAGUUUCACAAUGAUCCUACACUACAUCACUUUAUCUCUUCUUGUUGUGUGUGUGUGUGACGGUGUGUGCCUUAUUCAGCGUGUUUAUCAAACUGUUUGUGUGCUCUAAAUAGAAAUGAAGGCGUCACAUGACAAACAGACUCCAGGCUCAGUGAUCAAUUGGAUGUUGUAAACAGCAGACUGGAACUGGAGUUUGUGCAGGAAUCCUCCAAUUAGCUGCACGUGGGUAGUUGACAUAAAUCCCCCUUCUAGAAAACACACAAACUCAAGGAAGAACUACCUAAAGAUGUCGUGUGCAACAUAUUUGUCAUGCGUUUAUAGUACUUUUUUUUUUUGUGAUGUUUGUCCCUGUACAGAGAUGUUCACAUACAACUGAACAAAUGAAAAUAUUCCAAGUGAUGGAUUCAUGUACUGUAUGUGAUGCUUUGUUGUCCUUUGUGUAUUGUUAGGAAUCAUAUAUUAUUACAUAUAUAUACAUAUAUGCUAUUGGACCUGACUGCAUUUGCACUAUAAAGACUCAUUUUAUUUUAUUGACGAUUGAAGAUCCAAAUAUAUCAAUGUAUUAACAUGAUGUUGUGUUUACAUGCUGGGGAGAAAGACAGCGUACAUACUAGUAUAUACAAUAUAUACAGUAUGACAUAAUGAUGAUAAUAACACUUCCAUCGUUGCUUUUAGUUUUUACUUGUAUGCUUGAAAUGUUCUAUUGGAAUAUGAUUGAUUACCGAAAACCUAUUCAAACUGGACACUCCAAU